AUGGGUAGAGGAAGACUAGCUGGUGCUUUGGCUAAAGAGCAGCUUAAAGUGAAAGAAGCUGCCUUGAGGGAAAAAGCCGAAGAAAGGCGGAAAGAGAAACAAAAGCAUGUGAAAGCGAAGGCCAGCGGUAUUAAGAAACAGAAAGAUGUUACAAGCGAAGAAACAACUAUGACUACAAAACGCUAUUGGAUCCCUUUCGAAAGACAGAAUAAGGUACUAUUGAUUGGAGAAGGUGACUACUCAUUUGCUUACUCAAUGCUGCGACAGGAUUUGGUAUGUUUCCUGACCGCUACUAGUUUAGACAGCGAGCAACAACUUUUAGUGAAGUACCCGAGCACUGUCCGAUUACACUUGGAUUAUUUGAGAGAGAGCGCAAAAGCUGAAACUUUCUUCGAGAUAGAUGGCACUAUGUUGGAGAAAAGUAAACCGUUGAGACAAAACAUUGGCCGGUAUGAUAUGUGUGUUUUCAACUUUCCUCACCUUGGUAAUUCUAUCAAGGAUCAGGAUCGUAAUAUUCGUCAACAUCAAGAGUUGAUGUUAUCAUUUUUCAAGUCCGCUAGACAUAUGAUAAAUCCCAUUACAGGAAAAAUUUUGGUGACUUUGUUUGAUGGUGAACCAUAUUCCUUUUGGAAUAUUAAGCAACUCGCGAGGUCUGCUGGGUAUUCCUUGCAUCGAAGUGGAGCUUUCGAGUGGGAUGCAUUUCCAGAGUAUAACCACCAUUUAACAUCAAAAGAGGGUCACACAUCGAAACCACAACGUACCAGAGCUGCUAGAAUGUACUUAUUUGCGAUUCAUCACGAAAGUUUGAAGAAGGCAUCUAAGAUAAAGGUCAAAUCUAAGAGCCAGAAUGAAGACGAUUCAGAUUAG